UAAAAAAGUGGGGCUAAUGAUCCAAAAUAAAUAAUUAGGUGCGAUCCAAAUCCAAUACUCGAAAGGUCCGGAUUCGGACCGCGGUCCGCCAGUUGAGUAGCCCUGGACCAGACCAUUUGUUCGCUGAUUUUUGACAAACAUAUAAAAACUUGUAUUACUGGAUGAUAAUUCAUGUACUUUAACAGAGCCAUUGCUAAUGGUUUUGGCGGUGUCUCCUUGGUACAAUUAUUUGGCUUCUGAAUAAAAUAUUCAGUUUUAUCUUUUGAUAUUUCAAUGUCUGGAAUAUCUCGUUAUAUAACAAUGCAGUCCUUGAAUGUGGGCAUUCGUAUAAAUUAAGUAUAAAGUAUACUAGUAUUCCCAGUUCAAGCAAAACUAAGUUUCAAAAAAAUGUAUACCUGCGUAGAAAAUCGAUACAUUUCGUUUCACAAUGAGUAUAUAGCUCGUAUAUUAAAGAUUUAGCACUUUGGAGAUGGCUAAGUGAAAAAUAGCGCUUUCUUGUGAAAGUUUCUCUUCCUGCGAUGGAUGCAAUUUGUCUAUGAGCUUCAAGUGCCCGAAAUCGAGAUCGGACAUAAGAUGCAUUAUCCAUUGGCCAGUUGUAGAUGUAUUGCAGUGCUGCAAUCGGAUUUUGAUAUGUUUUGUAAUUUCUAUCCGAAUUUUAACGCCCAUAAGGAGAGAAAAGUAUACCUGGAAAAAGAAUUACCUAUUUUGGUCAAGUUAUGUCGAGAAAAUAGUAUCUACGAAAUAUCUACAUACUCGUUGCAUCAUAUUGUUGGAACGUAAAUGUUCUUUAAGCACAUUCUCUCUAAGAUAUUUCGCUGAAAUUCAGUGAUAAGUUGUGCCUACAAAUUCUACCUUUGUCGAUAUAUGGAAUGUUAAACAUAGUAGACAUUUAUUGUUGAGAUAUUUUUAUUGAGUAAUAUUUUGGUGGAUAUUCUUCACAAAAUAGAAAAAUUUUGUACACCAAAGUACGGUAAUUUAAAAGAACUUGACUGUUACGUCAGUGCCAAGCAGCUGGGACACCUAUUUUACGAGCCCCCGUAAAGUAACUAAAAAAUUUUUAAAAGGGAAAAUGUAUCAUUUAUAUAUGAAUAAGUAGAUAUGUAUAGCGACGAUUAUACCCAGGAAGUUUUCGGCCGAGCAUGCUAAAGGGUAGGAGUUCGCGAUACGCGUCGCAAUUACCGAGACAGUUAACGGCGUUUUAUCUAUCAGAUACCGAGUGAAUCCCCUCAGUAAAGCGGAAGGAUUGAACAAACGGCUCUUAGAAACAAUCGAAUAUAACAGUGCGACGAGUUGACUUUUCUGGUACAGUGCAUUAUUAUUUCAGUACUAUCCUCGGUUAGUGUCUUUGAUUAUACUUUGAGUGUCUGCUCCCAAAUUCUGAAAUAGCAAGAAUGGAUUUUCAUUUAAAGUCGAACGAUCUUGAAGCGAGGUAGAUUACUUUUAGAUUUUGCAAUUGCAAUUGCAAUCAAUGGAUAACGUCUACAAUCUACAUGAAUGUCAACAUCUAUAAACCGCAGUGUUUAUGUUGCUGAUCGAGGACUCCGAUAAAAUAAUACCAAAACAGGGUACAUAUAAACUCAAUAUUUCAUCAUAUUAUGGGACUAAUUGGCAUAAUACUGAUACAAGUGUAAAAAUUUAUUACAAAUGCAUUGCAGUAUAUGUGAAGACUGAAGAGCAAUAAACUAUUAUCUCCACAAUAUUUAAAUGGCGUCAUACUCUGUACUUUCUAUCUCUAUUAGUGUUUUAAUGAAUGAUAUUUUUUUCAGAAUUGAUUUUGCGAAUAUUUUUCCAUGUAAUAAUCCUACCAAUCCAUCUUAUGCGAAUCGAUCAACAAGAUUGCAAUCAUUUGAAAACUGGCCAAGACAUAUACAAGCAACAUCUGAGCAACUCGCUGAUGCAGGCUUCUUCUAUUUAGAUGAUCGAGACCGCUGUAAAUGUUAUUAUUGCAAUGGGGGACUACAUAACUGGGACUUUCAAGAUAAUCCAUGGAUUGAACAUGCCAAAUAUUUUUCACGAUGUGAAUUUUUGCUUCAACAAAAAGGCCCUGAAUAUGUUUCAAAUAUUAAUGCAAUAUUUCGUAAUCUACGACGUCCCGGGGAGGAAAACUUCAGUAUUGUCCAAAUUCCCACUGGUGCUUCAUAUCAACAACAACCAGUAACCUCAGAUACGAAUUGUAAAUCAGAGAUCGUGUUCAACACGCCCGGAUAUAUAUUUUUUUGAAAUAAAAGCGUUCGUCACUACUUCCCGAGAAUGUCGAUAUACUAAUACAGCGUUUCCCAAAGUGACUAGGUGUUCCACGAGCAUCUUCGAAGUGUUCCGUGAAAGGAAUCAAAAAUACGCCUAAAAUGUCCGCCAUGGCGAUCUAUGGAACGUGAAGUUGUCGCCCAAUUGACCGCUCGAUAUCGCGUCACAUUCGGCCUAAAGUGGACUAACUAGGGUGGGGUAGUAGUAUUUUCGUUAACCAUCGACCUUGUUGACUGUUAAGUUCAUUAUCAAGUUUACUGCAAUGCUAUUGAUUUUGCUAUAGGCAAACAAGUAGGGUAAACUCUAAAGGAAUAAAGGCAAAAGAUCAACUCUUCUUCCUCCAUCUCUGCCUGAUGGUUUUACAUUGAAAGGCUGAAAAAUUACUCAUUUUCGCUAAACUCUAUUCAGUAGAUAAAUAAACGGCAGGUCUGCAGCUCGCGAACUUGCAGCGGGUACUUCUAUCUCCAUUAGACGUAACUUUAGAGGCGAACACUACGUAUUGGAAGUAAACGACAUAGAAUGGUUAACUAAAUGCAUUGAUUCUUAUACACAGCAUUUAAAUAAAAAAA